GAGCAGGCCUGGAGCACACACUCCUCAGAGCAGCGAGGUGGGAGACUCCAGUUCACUGAGACCCCAGUCCUGCGGAGCAGGCUCAUGGAGGCCAGAGCCCGCGACACCCUCCACCAGAGGGCUAGCAGGUUCCUUCUGGACCCUUAGGGCACUGCCCCAGUUCAGCCACCAUGGCGCAGAGCUUCACAGUGGGCUCCGACCCUCUGGGCCUGGGGGACCUGAGCUCCAGCUCUCUGAGCACCCUCUCCUCCCGAGGCCACCUGGGCAUCGACUCUGGCUCCGCAACGCGAUACCUGCUGAGAAAGCAGCAGCGGCUGCUGAAUGGGCCCCCCCGCGGAAUUCGAGCUUCAUCGCCCAUGGGCCGAGUCAUCCUCAUCAACUCCCCCAUUGAAGCCAACAGUGACGAGAGCGACAUCAUCCAUGCGGUCCGAGUGGAGAAGAGCCCAGCGGGGCGGCUGGGGUUCAGUGUGCGGGGAGGCUCUGAGCACGGCCUGGGCAUCUUUGUCAGCAAGGUGGAGGAGGGGAGCAGUGCAGAGCAGGCUGGGCUGUGCGUGGGGGACAAGAUCACGGAGGUGAACGGGCUGAGCCUGGAGAGCACCACCAUGGGCAGUGCCGUGAAGGUGCUGACAGGCAGCAGCCGCCUGCACAUGAUGGUGAGGCGCAUGGGCCGCGUGCCGGGCAUCAAAUUCUCCAAGGAGAAGACCACGUGGGUGGAUGUGGUGAACCGGCGGCUGGUGGUGGAGAAGUGUGGCUCCACGCCCUCCCGCAGCAGCUCCGAGGAGGGCGCUCGGCGCCGCAUUGUGCAUCUCUACACGACCUCCGACGACUUCUGCCUGGGGUUCAACAUCCGCGGGGGCAAGGAGUUUGGCCUGGGCAUCUACGUCUCCAAAGUGGACCGUGGUGGGCUGGCGGAAGAGAACGGCAUCAAGGUGGGGGACCAGGUCCUGGCGGCCAACGGGGUCAGGUUCGACGACAUCAGCCACAGCCAGGCCGUGGAGGUGCUAAAGGGCCAAACGCACAUCAUGUUGACCGUCAAGGAGACCGGCCGGUACCCUGCCUACAAGGAGAUGGUUUCUGAGUAUUGUUGGCUGGACCGACUGAGCAACGGGGUGCUGCAGCAGCUGUGCCCGGCCUCCGAGAGCAGCUCCAGCGUCUCCUCGUGUGCCUCUAGCGCCCCCUACAGCUCGGCCGAGGGCUCGGGCUCCCUGCUCUCCGACCGCGCAGAUGUCUGUCUGGGCCCUGAGGAGCCCGGCAGCCUGAGCCCAGGCUGGGGUCGCGCCGACACAGCCAUGCAGACAGACCCCGACAUGGGGGGCCGCGUGGAGACCUGGUGCAGCGUGCGGCCCACAGUUAUUCUCAGGGACACAGCCAUCCGCUCCGACGGACGCCCGGCUGCCCGCCGCCUGGACUCUGCGCUCUCGGAAUCCCCCAAGACAGCUCUGCUGUUGGCCCUCAGCAGACCCCGGCCCCCCAUCACACGCUCUCAGAGCCACCUGACCUUGUGGGAGGAGAAGAAGCAGCGGAAGAAGGAGAAGUUUGGGUCCUCUGGGGAGAAGGGGGCCCUGCAACGUUCCAAGACCCUGAUGAACCUCUUCGUCAAGGGAGGGCGGCAGGGGCGGCAGACAGGAGACGGGCGCAGAGAGGCCUGGACACUGGACAGGGGCAGCCCCAGCAAGCCUCGCCCUUGCCUAGACAUGGAGAAAGCAGGGGGACUGGGGCCCGUGCAGAAGUUUGUCACCUGGAGACUGAGACGUGACCGGGAGAGGGGCCGGGUCCCGCUCUCUGCCAGGUCCGGGAGCCCCUCCAGCCAGCUGCCCAGUGUGGACGAGCGGGUGCAGGCCUGGGAGAGCCGUCAGCCCCUUAUUCAGGACCUGGCCCGGCGGCUGCUGACCGAUGAUGAGGUGCUGGCAGUCACCCGCCACUGCUCCCGGUACGUGCACGAGGGCGGCGUGGAGGACCUGGUGAGGCCCCUGCUGGCCAUUCUGGACCGGCCUACCAAGCUGCUGCUGCUGAGGGACAUCAGGAGCGUGGUGGCCCCCACAGACCUGGGGCGCUUCGACAGCAUGGUGAUGCCCAUCGAACUGGAGGCUUUUGAGGCUCUCAAGAGCAGGGCAGUAUGGCCUCCUGCUUUGCGACCAGCCCGGCAGGACACACCGCCCAAGCGUCACCUCAUCACCCCUGUGCCUGACAGCCGUGGGGGCUUCUACCUGCUGCCUGUGAAUGGCUUCUCCGAGGAAGAAGGUGAUGGGGAAUUGAGGGAGCGACUAGAGGGCCUCCAGGUCUCCCUGGGUGCCUCUGCUCCCAGCCAACCCCAGAAAGGGAUCCCCCCUCUCCAAGACGUGCCAGUAGAUGCCUUCACCCCACGCCGAAGCACCUGUACACCCCCUCCCCAGCCGCCGCCCGUUGCUCCAUGGCCACCAAGGCCCAACUGGCUGCUGACAGAACCCCUGGCCAGGGAAGCCCCUCGUCAGAGCCGGAGCCAGGGCCCGGCCCAGAGCCGCAGCCACAGCCGCAGCCGCAGCCGCAGCCGGGGUCCAGGCAAGUCCCCUGGGUGCAGGCGGUCCCCAUCCCCAGCGCCUAUCCCCAUGCCCAGCUCGGCCAACGGGCGCUACCACAAACCUCGGAAGGCCAGGCCCCCGCUGCCCAGACCUCUCGAUGGGCAGGCGGCCACGGCAGAGGGCACCCAGGGGCCCUCUGAGAAUGGAACUGGCAGGACAGUGGAGGAGGCAGCCACUGAGGCGCCUAGCGGGGAGCUGCGGACAGUCACCCUGUCCAAGAUGAAGCCGUCCUUAGGCAUCAGCAUCUCUGGGGGCAUUGAGUCCAAGGUGCAGCCCAUGGUGAAGAUAGAAAAGAUCUUCCCCGGGGGGGCUGCCUUCCUCAGUGGGGAUCUUCAGGCUGGCUUUGAGCUUGUGGCUGUGGAUGGAGAGAGCCUGGAGCAGGUGACCCACCAGCGAGCAGUAGACACCAUCCGUCGGGCUUAUCGGAACAAGGCUCGGGAGCCGAUGGAGCUUGUGGUCAGGGUCCCUGCGCCCAACCCACUGUACUUACCCUCUGGCUCCUCAGCCUUCACUGACCAGCGCUUUCCUGCUGACCAUUCCACUGCCUCCUGACCCUCUGAUGCUACUCUAGUUCCCUCUGUUCCCAGCACCUCCCAGUAAGGGCCAGAUCCUGUCCAUCGAUGCCCUUAACACCAACAUUUAGACUCUUUCCACUGAUGCCAGCCUCCUUCAGCUGACCUUCACCCUGGCUCCUGCUCCUACCAUCCAGACUCCUGGUACUGACUCUCCCCCUCAGCCAUGACUCCUCCACUGAGCCCAGAUUCUCCCUGCCCCCAGUCCCUCCCCUGCAUCCUCAGACUCCAGAACCUCCCCUUCCAGAAGUUCCACACAGGUGGCGCAGACCAUCCCACUGUCUUUUCUCCCCUGUUGUCACUAAGGCUCUGCCCUGCCCAGAUAAACUUGGUGUC